AUGGCUGCCUCCGAGGGAAGCCAUGUGCAGAGCCCAACAAACAGCCCGAGCUCCUUCAGUGAAUUCACCCAUCUCAGAUGGGCAGCCAAACGUGACAAUGUACCAAUGGGGACGGGCUAUCCCAUGAACCUUGUACAUAGUAUUGGGGUUGGUGCAAAUCAGGCUAUACUGUUCCCUUUACCUCUCCCUGCCCCAGUACCAGGUCUCUCUCAGUCAAUCCCUCCCAUUGCAACGUUACCACCUGUAGGGAUGGUCAGUAUCCCUGGCGGUGCAACCUCUGGUACAAUUGCAGGUCCAUUGAGACCUUGCAAACAACAAUUCAGCACUAGCCCCCCAUGUCCUGUCGAGCGAGCACGGAAGGCUAUCACCAAGUCAAAGUGUUUGGCCGAUACCGAAACCGAUGCAGUUCGCAUCGGCAACAACAAGACAAAGGCCAAGGGAAAGGGAAAGGCCAAGGCAAGGACUCUGUCACCGGAUGGUGAUAAUCCGGAUGUCGAUAAGUUACCGGUUGUUGUCAUCCGUGCUCUGCCUCCACCACCACCACCUUCAAAGAAGGACGAGAUGCCAGAUUGGGAUGAUUCAGAAGUGGAGGAAGAUACAAAGGUCAAGCCGGGCAAAGGCAAAGAACCAUCUAAGUCCGGUGAAUGCCAGGCAGGAACCAAGAAGGGUGACACCAAGGGCAAGGGCAAGUGUCGGCGUCCGCAACCCAUCGGUUCAUCUCUGCAGCCAUGUAUGAGAUGUACAUCUAUGAACCUGGAAUGUGAACCAUGGGUCACAAAGAGGGGCGAGCUAGCCCGUACUUGCACCCUCUGCAACAAGUGGAGGAUGAGAUGUAUCCAGGCGGUUGAACCAGCCAUGCACACAUCUGACAAGACUGCCAUGCCCACACAUCCAGUUGCACCUAUCCUCACUUGCUCCAAGAUGACCAUCAAGAUCAGGAACGCUAAAAAAUCCACAAGAAAAGGUAGUCUCUCAGUUUCUCUUGUUCCCAUCUCAGAGGCCCUGGAUGUUGAUGUCGAGAUGCUCGAUCCUGAUGCUGUCGCAGGUCCCGGUGAUCCCAGUCCCACCUCGCAUGAUGCACCUUUGGCAUCUGCAGAUGAUUUUCCUGCAGAUCAUUGGAUCAAACCUGUCGAUGACCACCUCCUAUCUCCAGCGUCAUUUGAGGACACACCAGGUGAAGUCCGGUACUCGCCUGUCUAUCUGGCUUGCACUUACAGACCCUAUUCCCCUGUCACUGCUUCCCUACCCUUGCAGUCCGACCAGCAUCCCCGUCCUUCCAUGGAUGUGGAUAUCGAGGCGAUGUUGGCCCAGAUUCAGCUCAAUAUGGUGGAGCUCUGCACACACGAUGAGACCAUUCAUACCAAGCUGUCUGAUUGCAUCAACCGGCUGCAUGCUGACUAUACCGGACAAUUGGGCAUCCAGAAGGGACUGGUAGAUACUUUGGCCACCCAGGUGAGUGGCAUUGCUCAUUACCUUAGAGACAACCAAUGGACGGCUGCAGCAAUGGUCUCAACUCCACCCUCAUUCAACCCACCACCCAUUGUCAUCCCUGGUACCCCCAUAUUCCCUGAAUUCAGUUCUAUCAGUGCCUUGGGUCGUGCUGUCACCAACAACGUCUUUACUCCAGUCAGGCAUAAAUUCUCCUGGUUUUGCUUCAUUCCUUGUCCCUUAACAGGCCAUUCAUUUCCUCUACACAUGGUGAACAUUCCACAAGACUGGGCAUUAUACCAGACCUACCUAGCUGGUGAAUUGGUGUAUGACAUCUUCAUCUCCAAAAUUUCCCAACAACCGGUACAGCAAAUGAGCACUGGGCUCUUGGAUAUCGACACAUGCAUUGCUUUGGAGCACCUUGCCAAUGUCCUGGCCAUUGCCUAUACUAAUCCUGGAAGGAUUAUCGUCUGGUAUUUGCCUGGAGGAAUGACCGGUAUGAUGAUGACGGAUAUGUACUGCGCCACACAUUCCAUGCGUGAUUUGUUGAUUGAUAGCAUCACAACCAGGAAGGUCACAGAAUGGAGGACCCAUGAGUCCAAUUUUUACCCGAGUCUGGAUGGAAAGGUUACCCCUGGUUGCAUCAAUAUAUCACCAGCAUGGCUUCAGCAAGGAAUAGAGAAACACGGUUUCCCAAAUCUUGAUCCGGAAGAUGGCUUCUCACCUGGAGUAUCAGCCACAUUGAAAGGUGACAGUGGCCACAAUAUCAUGACCUCAUUACAAAGGUCUAGUAUCCUUGUCUCUGCGGCACUUCAGGUCAUGCACCCAGACCUUUUUCAAGCUGGAAUAGAAAUCCAUGUCAGGCUGGGUAUUUAUCACCUGGUCGUGAUGGAUUUCAUGAAUCUUGGUAUCAAAUUUCUAUACGACUCAGGGUCAAUGUUGGCUGCAUCAUGUUGCCUUGUGAGACAUCACAUGAAUGUUGAAGAGGGCAGUCAUAUUGUCACUGCAUGGUACAUGAGAGACAGUAUCCAUAAUUUUGUCGGAACUCCAAGGACAGACUAUGCAAAGUAUGGCAAUAUUGUUCGAUACAAUGCACAUAUCAGAGAAAAUUCACUAUUGCAGUUUGGUUUCCAUUUUAGAAGCUGCCUUGAUGAUAUCUCCUGGAUGUACCAGUUGUUGCAUCUGACAUCCAUUCAUCUGCCAGAAUCAGAUCACCCCAAAUAUCCACCAAUGUAUCCUAGUCUACCCCAGCUGGAGGGGGUGAUGUUUUUGACCAUGUGGUGCAUUCCAGAGGGUGAUGUUUUCGACCAGAUGGUGCACUCGACCGGGUGA